GCAGCGUUUGUGAAGAAAGAAACAGAGUUAGCGCUUCAGAUAGGCAACACUCCCGCGUCUCUACAGUUAUUCGGCAGAAGGCAGUUUGCAUUGGGUUCGGCUUUGUUGCAGUUUACACGCGCACAGUUGGCACUUAAUCCCACAGAAAGCUGGGCGCCUCCGCGGGCAUUGCGGCUACGAUGUCGCUCACGUUUGUCUCGGUAGCGUUUUUUUUUCUGAAAACACAGCCAACAUCUCGGCAGUAGGUGGAGCUCCGCGUUUAAGCCAACCCUCGCCAAACAUUAACUCACAGGCGAGCGGCUGCCAGAAAAUGGCAGAGUGUGGGACCUCCUUCUCCCCAAGGGCAAAGAGACUGCCAAGGCUGGAUGGCGUGCUCCUUGAUAUAAAGGAGACACUUCGGAUACCGAACUGCUUCGUGCCGGCCGCUCUCUCCACGGCCGCUUUCCAACUUUCACCGGGAGCACUUCACAAAAGAAACCAUCCCUCUCAAAUUCAUCAGCUUUAACGGAUUUAAAGGGCUACUCCCCGCAGGGAACACUCAAGUGCAUCAGUGCAAACUUCUCUGAAAGUCGGAUCGCUGGAAGCAAGAUUUAAUUCUCCAGAAAUAAAAUGAAGGUUCUUGUGUUGCUGAUUGCCAGUCUGAACCUCAUCUAUGCAUAUGUACCAGAGCAUGAAAUGAACCCUACAUUUUGGAGGAACCAAGCCCAGGAAACACUGAAACGGGCUCUCAGUUUACAAAAGCUCAACACUGGCGUGGCAAAAAAUAUAAUUCUUUUCCUAGGGGACGGGAUGGGAAUCCCCACAGUGACCGCCGCUCGAAUUCUGAAGGGCCAGUUGGAAGACAAGAGUGGAGAGGAAGGGUUCUUGGAAAUGGACAAGUUCCCACAUGUAGCUCUUUCAAAGACCUAUAACACCAACGCCCAGGUGCCAGACAGUGCUGGCACAGCAACAGCCUACCUGUGUGGCGUGAAGGCAAACGAAGGCACCGUGGGAGUGAGUGCAGCUUCGGUGCGCAGACAGUGCAACACCACCUUUGGCAAUGAAGUGACAUCCAUUCUGAGAUGGGCAGAAGAUGCAGGUAAAUCCACGGGCAUUGUUACUACCACCCGGGUGCAGCAUGCCACGCCCAGUGCUGCCUACGCACAUUCUGUCAACCGGGACUGGUAUUCAGACUCUGAGAUGCCCAUGGAAGCACUGGAGCAGGGCUGCAAGGACAUCGCGCAGCAGCUCAUCUACAACAUUCCUGGUAUCGAGGUGAUAAUGGGUGGCGGCAGAAAGUAUAUGUUCCCAAGAGACACCCCUGAUAUUGAAUAUCCAGAUGAGUGGAAAGCUAAUGGCUCCCGGCUUGAUGGAAGGAACUUGGUGGAGGAAUGGAAACAUAUAAAAAGAGGCAAGAGAGCUCAUUAUGUCUGGAACAGAGAGCAGCUGAAAAAACUUGACCUGAACAAAGUGGACCACCUAAUGGGACUUUUUGAACAUGGUGACCUGCAGUAUGAGCUGGAAAGAAAUAAAACUUCUGACCCUUCACUUGAAGAGAUGGUAACAAUAGCCAUUAGGAUUUUGAGCAGGAAUCCAAAUGGCUUCUUCUUACUAGUGGAAGGUGGCAGGAUAGACCAUGGGCAUCAUGAAGGGAAGGCCAAGAUGGCUCUAUACGAAGCAGUGGAGAUGGACAAAGCCAUUGGGAGGGCUGGCACAUUGACGAGAGACAUUGACACAUUAACAGUCAUUACUGCUGACCAUUCUCACGUUUUUACCUUUGGCGGCUAUACAUUUAGAGGAAGCAAUAUAUUUGGCCUUGCUCCAUAUUUAAGUGAUGUGGACAACAGGCCAUUCACCUCGAUAUUAUAUGGAAAUGGACCUGGCUAUGCAGUACAAAAUGGAGAGAGACCAAAUGUUUCAACUAGCGAGAUCAGUGAGAACCAUUACCUGGCGCAGUCGGCCGUGCCCCUGAGACAGGAGACUCACGGCGGAGAAGACGUUGCCAUAUUUGCGAAAGGCCCAAUGGCCCACCUCUUCCACAGUGUGCACGAACAGAACUACAUACCACAUGUGAUGGCGUACGCAGCCUGCAUCGGACAGAACAAGGAGCACUGUGCUAAGUUCAACAUGCUGCCCUGUGACAACAGCGCAUGGGUUGCUCAGGGCACCAACGCCAUUUUGUUAGCUCUGCUGGCACUGCUGGCCUGCGUCUAGCACCAUCUUUAUCUGGGACUUGCUGCAGUGUGGAUUAUCCUGUUAGUCAGGAAUCCCUCCCCUCUCUUUUCAAUGCAAUGGUUAUGAUUUCUGAAGUAUUGUGGUCAGAGGAAAGAGUCAUGGGAAGGUUUUGGUGCAUCUAUAUGAAGCACUCAUUAGUUGGGGCCUUCCUGAUGACAGUGCUCCGUGGACCGGGAUGACCAAUUCCCCCCAACUCCCCACCGUCUUCCACCCUCACUUCCCUCCCCUCCUUCCCUUCCCACACAGCCUAUAAAUAAAGGCACAAACCUUAAACAAAAACCACUAGCUAACUACGUAGCAAAAUAAACUUUCAAAGGUAAGCUCUGAGUGCGGCCUCACUUGUUGUAUCUGGUUUUCUGGAGACCUGACUCCAAAGGUUUGCUGGAUCCUGGAUGGAUAACGUCCAUGUUUAGAAUACUGAGCGACCAGACCCUGAAGACACGUACUUUGUUAGAGAACGAGGUCCUCCUAAAUUGGCACCGACACUCAAGCAAGCCCCCAAUUUGACCAGAAUCACUGUAUGAGUAAUAGCCAAUAAUUAACUCAUCAUAAUGAGAUUCCCAAAAUGUUGAAAGAAGACCAUAUUUUCUUGCAAUAGUGCAGGACAAUCUCUCCAUUCUUCCAAAUGGAGAUGCUACUACAUUAACCAUUGUGUCCUUCUCGAGCUUAAUACUUAGCAAAAGGAUUAGGUGAGGGGCGGGGUGGAGGAAAUAUUAACUGAUGUCUAGUAUGAUUUGGUACUACUAUUAAUGAAGAAAGCUGUUUCUUGGUGCUAGUCAUUUUUUUGGGAUAUGCAUGACUGACCUAUUUACUUUUUUUUAAUGGAGGAGCAAUAUAGGACAAGUAGUCAGAUUAUAAUUACCCCAGGAGAGAAGUGGUUUCCUGGCAGAUAGUGAUAAACCUUGCCCCUGUGACCCUAAACCCUAACCCAAAACAUAUUGGCAUUUGCGAAGAUGAAUACAAUCCAUUUCCUGUGAAUUGCCAUUUUUUUGAGCACUUAAUGGGGAGCAUCAUGAGGAAAUAAUGAUUUGCCUUACUUUGGCUUCAGAUGACAGAAUGAUGCUAGAGUAAGGAUUUUUCCAAUACUGGAUAGGACAAAACCCAAGGAAAUUACAUUUUCUGAUUGUUUCAUAAGUCAGACAUUCCUCAGGUAUUGUGAACAGGGCACUAGCUAACCUUUGGGGCUCUUGCACCAAGCCAUUAAGCAUUACUCUUGCAGAAGACCCUUUUUUAACGUUUUUAUACCUUUUUAAAUAGUCAUAUGAAGCAUCUCUGUAACAAAAAUAAAAACUUACGAAUGUUAGAAAUCUGAAGUAAAAGUGGGUAACUCUGGAAAAACUCAGAUGGUCAGGCAGCAUCCAUGGGGAGAGAAAUACAGUUGAUGUUUCAGGUUAAAGACAAUUCAUCGGAACAUUCUAGUGAUCAUUCUCCGACGUGAAGAAUUAAAUCUAUUAGUCUGUCCAUUAAUGUUGCUGGACCUGUGGAGAAUUUUCAGCAUUUCUAUCUUUUUAUCUCUGUGUCAUAAGUUGGUUCAGUCUCAGAAUAAGUCAAGGGUCUGCAUGAGUUUUUAAUUCUUUACGCCAAUUUCCACUUAUAUACAUUUCUCAGUGAGGUGGAAUCCAGAUCACUAUUAGUAUUGGGAGCUGUGAGAUAACCUGUGGUCAUAGCUGGGAUUUGGGAGGCUGUGUAAGGGCACUGUUGCUGGGAAUACAUUCAAUGUGUCAGACUUUACAGCUCCGCUGUUCUGCACUGUGUUAUCACAACUUGUGAUUCCCCAAAGGAACUCAAAAACAAUUUUCAAGGUGAAGUUUUAGACAGGAGUCCUGAAUCUGUCUGCCCUGCUUUAGAACUUGUUUUGGCUUCAUCUAUCAACCUGCCCAUUAGGACAUGGGUUACUAGCAGAAGUCAUGGAUUUGAAACAUACAGAGGUGUGGAUAUGGAUAACCUUGUUUGUUAUCCCUUCAAAACAUUAUUGAGGAGUGAAACAUCACAACAUUCAAAGUAUUAAAACUAAAACAUUCUGUAAAUCUGAUAUAAAAUAUCUUUCAGAUUAUGUUCACUUGUGUUAACAAUGUACCAUUUGA